AUGGCGAAGCUACUGGCUGCGUUAACGUUAUUAUUGUGUUGGUGUGGAGUGGAAUCCGCAAGAAUUCUAGCAUGGUUUCCAACACCAUCGAUCAGCCACCAAGUAGUGUUCCGUCCUAUUAUACACGAAUUGGCCAAACGAGGACAUCAAGUCGUGUUCAUUACGCCAGACCCUGUUACAGCAAAUAUAACUAAUUUAGUUCAAGUUGACGUGCACGACAUCUCAUAUGCAAAUUGGCAAGAGUUACUCAUCGACAACAGGGUCGACAAACAACAGCUGCUUGCCCAGAUCAAGGAAUUCCUUGAAAGGUUUACAAUAGUGUUCGAUAAACAGAAUGAAGUGCCCGAAGUGAAGAGGAUAGUGACGCAGGAGAGGAAUAAUUUUGAUCUGGUCAUAACAGAAGCUUGCGUACGAGUGGCGUUUGGAUUAGGCCACGUUUUUAACAGGCCAGUUGUUUUAAUAAGUUCUCUGGGACUAGUUCCAGCACACUAUAAUGUUUUCGGGGCUCCAAUACAUCCAUUCUUAUUUCCCACCCCUGGCCGUCAAAGGAUAUAUAACUUGUCAAUUUUCGAAAAAAUCACCGAACUUAUUAGCUUUGUAGUGUUAGAGUUAUUGGUUAGAUCGACGGAAGAACUAGAUUAUAAGGUUAUGAGAAAGAAUCUAGGCGAAGAUGUACCAAGUUUUGACGAUUUAUUCGCUCACAUUAAAUUGCUUUUGGUGAAUGAACAUCCAAUUUGGGCCGAUAAUCGCCCUAUUGGACCGAAUAUUAAAUUUAUUGGAGGUGUACAUCUGACUCCGGAGAAGGAAUUACCAAAGGAUCUCAAACAAUAUUUAGAUUCCUCCAAAAAUGGCGUUAUAUACAUAAGUUUUGGAACGAAUGUGAGGACAACAGUAUUACCGCCAGAAGUGAUAAACGCUAUGAUGUCAGUAUUAUCUGAACUCCCAUAUGAUGUGCUAUGGAAAUGGGACGUGGACGAAUUGCCGGGAAAACCGAAGAACGUAAAAAUUGCUAAAUGGUUUCCACAAUCUGAUAUUUUGAGACAUCCAAAUGUUAAGCUAUUUAUAACACAGGGAGGACUACAGUCUACAGAUGAAACUAUAACAGCUGGAGUUCCAGUUUUAGGUAUGCCUGUAAUAGCAGACCAGUGGUAUAAUGUAGAAAAGUAUGUGCGUCAUAAAAUUGGUCUUCAGUUAGAUUUGUUCACUCUCAAAGCAGAUGAAUUCAAAGAAGCAAUUGAAACAAUUAUUGGAGAUCCAAGCUAUAAGAAAAAUAUUUUAAGAUUGAGAUCUCUUAUGCGCACUGGUCCUAUAACGCCACUGGAAAACGGUGUUUGGUGGAUAGAACAUCUUAUCGAGCAUGGUGGAGAUCAUCUUCAGCCACCAGCAGCGCAUAUGUCCUGGGCAGAAUAUUACGAACUCAAAUUAUUAGCUAUAUUGUCAUUUAUUUUCCUAACCAUUGUAACUAUUCUAGGAUUAAUACUUGCAACUAUUUUAAAAUAUGUUAAAAGUUUGUUAAUAUCGCAUAUAAAGUUAAAAGUACAUUAG